ACAUGCGGCGCGUCUGCAGGUGAGCGAACAGGCUGAAUGUGCUGGAACACACUGAGGAAUUCAUCCUUUAAAUGAAAAACAGUGACGGAUAUACAUUGUUAAUCCUUUUUGAUUUUUCUUCUGAGUGCAAUCUGUGCAUUGUGGAGUUCCAAUAAAAGAAGAGAGAACUGUACUGCCUGCUGUCUGGCUGCAAGUGACUUGGAGGAAGAGAGCAGCAACCGGACAAGUAAUUUUAUAUUCACAAUCCUCAAGAUCCGAGAGUUGACAGGUCUCCAACACUCGCCGUGAGACGAGUUUGGAAACUGCGCGGGCAUUUAAAUGAUCUUCUGACAUAUGUGGACAUAUCGGAAUAUUGCAGCCUCACCCAAAAAAAGGAGAUUCGAACCACAGACUGUGAGUAAAACGGCGGCAUAUGGACUUUCUGCUGAAAUGAUGCUCGGACUAUAACAUUUUUGCUUUUACGCGCAUCCAAUUCAGAUAUCUGUGGGAGCACACGGAGGCUCUCUGUUGAGUUUUUCCUUCUUCUUUUACUAAAAUAAGGACAGAGCAACUAACAUACUGUGCUGGAGGAAGAAAAAGCAGACGUGCACUUGCUGCUUUGCACUGCAGCAGGAGCGAUGUAGGAAGUCGUCCGGAGGAUGAAGUCUCACGCAUCCCGCAGCAGAGGGUUUUGCUCUUUAUGAAAACGAUUUGUUUCCUUCCAUAUUCGGACUCUCCGCUAGUGAUUAAUUUUCCUGGACAUUUCUUUUUCUAAUCUAGGUGGACAUUAUUUCAAGGGGGUACAAUGAGGACUACUGGUGCAGUGGACUAUUUGUACUAUUGCAUGCUCAUCCUGCAGUUUGUGCAUCAGCCGGCUGCCAAGCAAGUGCUCCGGUACCGUUUGGCUGAGGAGGGACCUGCCGAUGUCAGAGUAGGGAACGUGGCCGGCGACCUGGGCAUUGUUGCCGGGUCCGGUGAGGUGACAUUUACGCUAGAAUCAGGCUCCGAUUUUUUCAAAAUAGACAACAUUACAGGUGAGCUCACCACCAACGAGAGGCGCAUAGACCGUGAAAAAUUACAGCAGUGCCAAAUGAUAUUUGACGAAAAUGAGUGUUUUAUAGAUUUUGAAGUGUCAGUGAUCGGGCCAGCCCAGAGCUGGGUCGACCUCUUUGAGGGAAAAGUCAUCAUAUUAGAUAUAAAUGAUAACACCCCAUCUUUCCCUUCCCCUGUCCUGACACUGUCUGUGGAGGAAAACAGACCCAUUGGAACCCUUUAUCUGCUGCCCACAGCUACAGACAGAGAUUUUGGCAGGAAUGGAAUAGAGCGAUAUGAGCUUAUUCAGGAUAAUGGGGAAAACUCUAGGCGCUUGGGCUCUUCUGGGGAUUCAUUCUCCGGGAAGAGGAGAUUUGAGGAAGGCGCAAGCAGGAGCAGCGUCUUUGAACUGCAAGUUGCUGACACUACUGAUGGAGAGAAGCAGCCUCAACUUAUCAUUAAAGGGGCCCUUGAUAGGGAACAGAGAGACUCCUAUGAGCUUACGCUGCGUGUUAGGGAUGGAGGAGACCCCCCUCGCUCCUCCCAAGCCAUUCUUAGGGUGAUGAUCACUGAUGUGAAUGACAACAGCCCUCGAUUUGAGAAGAGUGUGUAUGAAGCUGACUUACCAGAAAACAGCUCCCCUGGUGCCCCCAUACUGCAGCUCAAAGCGGCUGAUGCAGACGUGGGGGUUAAUGGUCAAAUAGAGUAUGUGUUUGGGGCAGCCACCGAGUCAGUGAGGAGGCUGCUGAGGUUGGAUGAGAGCACAGGGUGGCUGAGUGUGUUGCACCGCAUUGACCGUGAAGAAGUGAGCCAACUGAGGUUCACAGUAAUGGCCCGUGACCGAGGUCAGCCGCCGAAAAUGGACAAGGCCACUGUGGUGUUGAACAUCAAGGAUGAGAAUGACAACGUUCCUGCUAUAGAGAUUAGGAAAAUUGGACGCAUAUUCCUAAAAGAUGGCAUUGCUAACGUGGCUGAGGAUGUGGUGGUGGACACACCCAUUGCCUUAGUUCAGGUGUCAGACCGCGACCAGGGAGAAAAUGGCAUUGUCACCUGCACAGUGGUGGGGGAUGUUCCCUUUCAGCUCAAACCAGCCAGCGAGAUGGAGGGUGAGCAGAAUAAAAAGAAAUAUUUCCUCCACACGUCUGCAGCGCUGGACUUUGAGGCCACACAGGAAUACAAUGUGGUCAUAGUGGCUGUGGACUCCGGAAGCCCCAGUCUUGCAAGUAAUAACUCUCUUAUCGUCAAAGUUGGCGACACUAACGACAACCCUCCUAUCUUCAGCCAGAAUGUAGUAGAGGUGUCGUUUCUGGAAAACAAUGCCCCCGGCGAGAGGGUGACAACAGUGACAGCCAUCGACGCAGAUAGUGGGAAGAAUGCUGAAAUAGCGUAUUCCCUGGACUCAUCUGUAAAUGGGAUUUUCUCUAUCGAUGCAGACAGUGGAGACAUCCGAGUAAACAGCAUUCUGGAUAGAGAGCAAACAGAGCGCUACGAAUUCAAAGUGAUAGCAAAAGAUAAGGGCAUAAACACUCUACAGGGCUCUGCAACAGUGGUCGUCCUUGUGGCAGACAAGAAUGACAAUGAGCCAAAGUUCAUGCAGGAUGUGUUCACCUUCUACGUCAAAGAAAACCUUGAGCCAAACAGCCCGGUUGGCAUGGUCACAGUCAUUGAUGCAGAUAAAGGCCAAAAUGCAGAGAUGAGUCUUUUCAUUGAGGAAGAGGAGGAAAACUUUUCUAUUGAAAAUGACACUGGGACUAUUUUCUCCACCUUGUCCUUUGACAGAGAGCAGAAAACUACAUACACGUUCAGAGUAAAAGCUGUAGAUGGUGGUGACCCUUCCAGAUCUGCCACCGCCACAGUUUCACUCUCUAUCAUGGAUGAAAAUGACAACGCCCCAACAGUGACUUUCCCCUUAAACAGCUCCUACACCCUUCUUCCUCCCUCCAGUAACAUCAGAACAGUAGUCAGAACAGUCAUUGCCACUGAUGCGGACAGCGCCGUCAACGCAGACCUGAACUACAGCAUCAUUGGGGGAAACCCCUUCAGGCUGUUUGAGAUUGAUGGGGGCACUGGUGUCAUUUCCCUGGUGGGGAAGUUGGAGCAGAAGCACUAUGGCCUCCACAGACUUGUUGUCCAGGUGAACGACAAGGGCCAGCCUUCACAGAGCACCACAACGCUAGUCCAUGUGUUUGUCAACGAGACACUUUCCAACUCCACAGUUGUGGAGGCCCAGGUGGCUAGAAGCCUUAGCACAUCUCUGAACACCAACAUUGCCGGUGACCCCAACUAUGAUCUGAGCAAGCAGCGUCUGAGCAUUGUAAUCGGAGUAGUUUCGGGCAUCAUGACCGUAAUCCUCAUUAUACUAGUCGUCGUCAUGGCCCGUUACUGCCGCCCAAAGAAUAAGAAUGGCUACGAGGCAGGAAAGAAGGAUCAUGAAGACUUCUUCACGCCACAGCAGCACGAUAAGGCUAAGAAGCCCAAGAAAGAUAAGAAAAAACAGAAGUCCAAACAGCCACUUUACAGCAGCAUAGUCACCGUAGAGGCCUCCAAACCCAACGGGCAGCGCUACGAUGGCGUCAACGAGAAGCUGUCGGACAGCCCUGGCAUGGGCCGCUACAGAUCGGUCAACGGAGGGCCGGGGAGCCCAGAUCUGGCCCGGCACUACAAGUCAAGUUCACCGCUCCCUACUGUCCAGCUUCACCCGCAGUCACCGACAGCUGGAAAAAAGCACCAGGCAGUUCAGGACCUGCCCCCUGCCAACACCUUUGUUGGCACCGGAGAUAACAUUUCCCUUGGAUCUGACCACUGCUCUGAAUACAGCAGUCAAACUAUCAACAAGUACAACAAACAGCCGUUUCGCCGAGUGACCUUCUCGGUGGUGAGCCAGCCCCAGGACCCUCACCAGCAGGGAUCGCUGCAGAGCUGCUACGACAGCGGCCUGGACGAGUCAGAGACGCCCAGCAGCAAGAGUUCGUCGGGCCCCCGGCUGGGCGCCCUUCCCCUGCCCGAGGACAGCUACGAGAGGACAACGCCGGAUGGCAGUGUCGGUGAGGCAGAGCACAUGGAAAAUGACUCCCGGCCCUUGCCUGACGUAGCCAUGACUGGCAAGUGCACCCGGGAAUGUGACGAGUACGGCCACUCCGACUCCUGCUGGAUGCCUGUGCGCACGUCGCCUGAGCGACGGCCAUCCAAGUCAACCACUACCCCUCAACAACCAAAGCUUUCCACUUUCAUGAGCGGCAAUGGCAGCAGCAGUAGCAGCAGCAGCGCUGAGCAGCCCGGCAGCCAAGAGACCCUCGCCAUGGCCGCCAUGGCCAACGGAGACCCCACCGCCGCUCACAUGAUGGGUGACCGCAAUCGUAACCUGCUCAACAAAAAGAUGGCUUCCUCCUCCUCCUCCUACGAGGUCUUCGGCUCGCCUUCCUAUGGCUCGCCAGGAAAUGGGGAGGAAGUACUGCGCCACCCCACUGAGGAGAUCCCUCUGGCACCUACUGGGGAGUACAAGCCCACUUCCUGUGGUACUCUGACGAGACGGGAGGUGUACCUGUGAGUUUCAGACAAGCCUGCUGUGCCACAACAUAUUGCAAUGAACACUAAGAAUAGUUGCUUACCCACCGCCGUUACAGCUCUAGAAGUUUUUAGCCACCCUUGUUCUGCAAGGUAGGACUAAACUUUCUCCAAAGACUUUUACGACAGCUCCUUAAUUGAGUGGAUAUAAAAACACAAUUUCUAAAGUGCUAAUUCCGGCCAUGUUAUGGAAAAAAAGGAGGAGGAGGAAGAACUGUUGAGGGGCAUUGACUUGACUUGGGAUGAGGCUAUUCUACUGGCGAGUCGGCCUCCUGGGACAUGAUCUGCUGCUUGACAGUCAAUCUGUACAAUAAUCAACUCAUUUUACAUAUACAGUACAUGCAUGCAUUACCUGCCCCAUUCCCUGAAGAUGACACUGUACAAAAGAGACUAUUUCUUUUUUUGUUUGUGUUUUUUCUAGAAACAAAGCUGUACAUGUGGACUAUUUUGACUUCAAAGUGUGUGGUUUUGCCUUUUUUUUAUUUCAGAACUCUGCUAUGGCCGUGAUGUUCAGUGGCUGCAACAAUAUAUUGGACAUUAUGGUCUCUAUCAUACUGAGCUUGCUAUGGAUUCUGUCACCUUGACUGUUUGUGAUAAAUGUGGCUCUAUAGCAGACCAAAACAUACCCGUGUUCAAAUCUUACGAGGACGGGAAGCUUUAAAUACUCUGCCCAGAUUACAACACUUGUGUCAGUCCUCUAUUGAGAUUUUUGGACAUACAUGGGAGCCAAUGGAAUUUGCUGCAACAACACCAUGUAACAGACUUCAACAACACUGGUAUAAUGGACAUAUGAUGACUGAUUCUAACCUACCAGUGUGUACGCUCUUGAAAAGUCACUCAUUGUACAUAAACAUUGGACCACAGCAACAACGCUAACUGCUCUCAUUCUCUUUUGUCUUGCUACCUUUCCUCAGUCUCUCGUUCUUUGUCUUUGAUUGGCAAGGUUGAGACCAAAACCUUCUUACGAGAUGCAACAUCUUACAUCUAUUGGCUGGAAAAGCAUGUGUGUACAUGGUCAUGCUACUGUUUAUAUCGAGUUGUAAUACUUACCCUGUUUUUCCCAAACCACAUAUGCAGACACACCCAAGCGAUUCAUAUAACAGGCCAGUGGUGCUGCCGGACUGAUCAUUCCUGGGUUAGCACAGUGUGUGGCAUGCCGAGAUUAAAAUUCUGGAGGUGCAUUUGAAACUGUACGUGUGUAUGGCCCCGAUAUGCAGUAUAUAGUGUGUGUGUGUGUAGGCUAUAUUUAGUGUAUACUGUAGAUGUACACCGAUGAUAGGCUUAGGAGGGCGUAGACAUGGCCAAGCUGAUUCUCGAACAGCUGCAAGGACAGCUUUUUACUGUUAUUUCUUUCUUGUUGUGUGAUAGACUGAGCAAUAAAUAUCAUAAUGUACACGUGACCAACAAGCAUCAAUUUCUUUUUCACUCCUCCUCAAGCCUUCAAGGUGACACACACACACAUGGUUGUCCAAGAAUCCUUUUUAAGCACUAGUAGAUGUUGCUUUCCAUAGUACAUGGUGAUGGCAUCUUUGAGCACGAAUGUAAGAAUCAGCUCAACGGAGAACAAUCAAACGUCUGUACGCCCGCAGUUGACAAGGUUUCUGGGUUGCAGAAUGGUGUCAAAAAUGGUGUCAAAGUUAAACCAAAGCUUCCCGAACAGGAUGAAGCAUUCCCCACAUUACACACAAACAACCUUUUUUGUUUUUAGGGAGAACUUUGCUUUAAGGACACAUUUCAUGAUAGACUUUUUCAUGAAGAAUUGAGAUAAGAAUGUGAUGUCUCAACUAAAAGUCCUCCGAGCUGACUCUUACGGACCACCCUCACACAGACACAUGAAAAUGUUGAGAUGUUGUGCCUCCCUGUCUACGGUGAUGUUUCCUUUUCGCAGCUACACUGGCGCAAAAAUCCCAUGACUGUAUCAAAGCAAAAGAAUAUCAGAUGCAAUGGAACCUUUUUGUAUGUUAGCAGAACCCCUUUGGUUUCACCGGAGCUGCUCUUUCUGUAUUCCGGCAAUCUAUAGUCUGUAAGUACUACUCGUUGUUCGACAGAAAGUGCUCCUAUACUUAUAAACUGUAUACAUAAAUAUUUACUUUUUACUGCACGUUUAAUGGGAACUUACUUCACUUACUGAGAAGGAAGAAGAAAAAAACUGUAAAACAAAAUGUACAAAAAAAUGUUUUCCCUGUAAACAUGGAAAUUCACCUUGUUGCUUGCUUUUGUUAUACCUAAAGAAACAUGUAGUACAACUUAGUACAUCAGUGAAGACCGUACCAUUGAUCCUUUUUUUUAUUUCACCGCCUUAUACCAUCACACAAACCUAAAUCUUUCAUAUAUUUCAUUUAAAUCAACUUUAUACCAUGAAAUUGUCAAUUUUUUAUAUUCCUCUUGUUUUUUUUAUUUGUAAUCCCAUUUAUUUGUCACCGUCGAAACCAUGGAAUUCGUCACAAUCACGACAAUGUUCGAUGUGUUUUCCUUUUUUUUUUCCUUUAUCUUGUGCCACUUUGUAUAUUAAGAGUGCUUCUGAAAAAAAAGACAACAAAACAUAAAAAAACUAAACACAAGAGUGAAUGCAAAUAUGCAAUUGUGCCUUUUUAUACCAAUUGGUAUGAUUUAAUGUUGGUUUGGAAUGGUGCAUAAACAAUUACAUGCUUACAAAAGCAGAUGGGGUGGCAUUCAAGAGUGGACUGAAAUACAUUUGCAUAUCUUAGAUGAAAUCCCAUGAUGUCAAAAGCUUCUUGGAGGACAACCAGUUAAAUGUCAGUGAGCCUGUAGGUCUAACACCCAAAACGGCCAGUGUUCACUGGGUUCAAUUACCUUGUUGAGAUCUCCAUUCCUAGCAUAGUGCAUUACAGAGUGAGUACAGGUACAUUCAAAAGUUGCUUGUUGGUAGUAAUAUUAAUGAUAUAAUGGAUUUUUUUUGUCGUGUUCCACUCACGUACAUGUAUGACAUCAGAGGUCAAGUAACCUUCUUUGUGCAUGAAACAAGCUCUAGGACUGAAUAUAAAAGCAUAGAGAGAUAGAGGCGGGGAUAAAAAAAAAACAACGCUUGGAGACUGCUCAGAGUUGAGGGAGCCUAGAGAUACAAAUGCUAAUGUUACGGUUUACUAGGAGGAGUGGAAGUAGAGGUGGGAAAAAAAGCUUCAGGGGCGAUUCGCUGACAGAACACACACCUCAGGAUGUGCCGAGCAACACAACACUCAUGCGCAGAUUUAAAGUAUAUGCAUAUCAGAAGAGUGAUGGAAUCCUGUCCUACAAAUAAGCGUGGUAUGAUGUUCGCUAUGAUACCGCAAGGUGAUGCUUUGAAUUUCUAGAUCAGAACGAAACAGAGACUCUGUAGUGUGAACCUCAGACGUAAAGAGGAGACAUGAAAGAAAAAAUGCCAUACAUAGAGCGUACACUUGUUCAUUUCUGAGCACUGUUUUUUUUUUUUACUUGAGUUAACUGCUGCAGAAAUCUGGACUGGAGGUAGCUGCCUCUAAAAAAAUGUUUGUCUCUUGCCGUCCGAGGUGUGUGUUCAGUCCGUGCUCUCCUCUAUUCGUAUAGCCUUCACGGUGUGUAAUGAGAUUUGUAAUAUUAACCAUUACUAUUUGUCCUGCGACUUGGAUGUUGAUAUAGAAAUUGAGGAACAAAUGUAUCAUCGUUUAAUAUGAGUCACUAUGCACGCAGCUUAGCUGAACAUGGCAAAGUGUAUUGAACGCAAGUCCACUUCUAUUUAUGAGAUAUUUUACAUAAUUUAAUUUGCUUUUGUACAGGUUUGUGUAAAUAAAUUGCUUGUCAUUUUUGUCUCUGCAGAAAUUAAAAUAUA